AUGAUCCCGGAACUGCUCCUCGCAGUAACCGUCAGCCUCGCCGGACCGCUGGCUACCAUGGUGCUGCUCUGGGGGUGGUGGAGACUAGGCAGGAGUUUCUCCAUGAGUCCGCUGGAACUCGCCAAUGCGUUCAGUUCUCCUCCCGAAAAAGGGCCCUACGGAAAGUCAUCGCUAACACUGUUAUCGGACUCGAAAAGUGACCUGGGUUACAAUGACGACGGCGGCGUUAGUACUAUGCAACAGGAGAACGAAGCAGGUGGAAUGGAUGGUCUCUUUGUAGGUUGCAACAGUAACGCUUCAGCUGGUGAACUGGCUGAUCACUUCCGCUACAAAGGGAAGGGCUCCGGAGGAGGAGGAGGAGAACCAAAGAUACAGUAUGGUGCUGUGGACGGCGGAGGCGGUCGUUUUUCUUUUACUGUUGUAGAGGGCUUGUAG